AUGACCGCGUCUCCUGCUUUGCAAGAAGCAUUGGCCUUUAAAUAUGCCGUGGAAAUGGUCAACUCUGAUGAUUCUGUUCUUCCAAAUGUGACGGUGGUUUACCAGAUUAGAGAUGCUCUUACUCUCGGCUUUUUUUUAAACCAAUAUGAUGUGGGCAUCGUAACCUACUCUGCAACUUUUGAAUUGCCCGAAUAUUCGGUCAAUUUUUUGAGAACAAUCCCUCCCGCUCGCGAGGAGAUCCGUGCUCUUGUCUCCCUUCUUGGUGUCUUUAAUUGGACUCUUGUUACUCCGGUUUUCAGCACCGACAUUUAUGGCCUCUCCGGGAGGCAUGCAAUUGAUAACCUUGCCGGUUCACAUGAAAUUCGCUUCCCGUGCAUUACGAUGAUAAAAACAGGGAUGCUGAGUAGAGCCCGAAAUGUGAAUGAGCGCUCAAUAUUGAAUCUCAUUUCUUGUAUUAAAUCCAUCCCAAAUUUAAGCGUCGUGUUACUCUACAUGAAUCCGCUUCUGGCAAUGGCGGUUAUUAAAAUCUUCUACAAAGAAAAAAUCAAGGGCAUCACUUUUAUCUUCUCYGAGGCUUCCUCUGAAAUACUUUAUCAACCCUCUAGAAUUUCGAUAGAUUUUUUUCCUUACAAAUAUAUUUUAGGUACGUUCGAUUUCCAUAUUUCCACUCUAGGUUCGAUAAGCAUCAGUCCAUAUAUUACGCCCUAUGAAGCCCUUAGAUCUUAUAUUGCAAUAGGCAGAGAGAGUGAAAAUUACCGCCAAUAUACAAGAAUGUGGGAAGAUACAUUCAAAUGUUUCUAUUUUAAUCCUGAUGAACCGAUUCCAGAUUUUGCAAAAAAAAUUCCGGUUUGCGAUCUAGAUGUCGCACAUCGGAAAUUUCCUUUCAAUUGCAGGUGUACUGGGGAAGAGAUUCUGAGUCCUACGUCAUACUCCCUCUUUGUGGUCAAUGCAGUCAAGUCGGUCGCAGGAGCCUUAAACAGAUUAAUUGAAAAAUGUCAAAAGCCCUUGACUUCAUGCAGCGAAAUUAGUGGAAAAGAUAUUAUCGAUGAGAUGAAAAGGGAGAUAGUUGAGGGGGUUUAUGGGCCUGUAGGGUUUAAAGAAGCCAACCCAAUAGACUCAAAAUAUUCUUUCCUUCAAGCCAUUAGUAAAAAUGCAACAACAAUCAUCGGCGAUUACCAAAACGGCGCCGUUAAUAUUGAUUUUUCGAAAACUUAUUUUUACCUGGUCAAUAAAAUCCCAAUUUCUCGAGUAGUUCCGCUCGAAAAUUCUUUUGACUCUGCUGGGGGCAUAUUGCUUUGUGCUUGCGCGGUCUUUCUGGUAUUACUUUCAUUCGCCUUGAUUGUGAUUGUGUGGAAAUUUCGAGAAAGAAAGCCCAUCAAAGUGGCGUCGCCCAUUUUCUGCGAAUUUAUUCUGGUUGGCGUUGUUUUGUGCAAUAUCUCGGUAAUUCUCAACAGCGUUCGGCCAUCUUAUCUGGUUUGUAGCUUUAAGCUUUGGUCGCUCGUUAUUGGCUUUAGUCUUGUGAUUGCCAAUAUGCUUGCAAAGACAUAUCGCAUUUUCAAGAUCUUUUCUGUGCAUCGUCCAUCGACCUUGGUCACUAAAAAUAGCCAUCUGUUUAUCUUUACUGGAUCUCUUUUGCUAAUCAAUGUGAUAGUUCUGUGCUUAUUUACAUUUACAAAGCUGGCAUUUGAGCCCAAAGUUGUUUCGUCGCCCCGGUCUCCAUAUUUCUCAUUUGUGAUAUGUUCUCAGGCCAACGUGGAGCUCUCCAACGUGGCAAAUAUCUUUUUGUUGAUUUUCCUGGUGUUUAUUCUUUUUCUUGUUCUUUUGUUGGCUGUUCUUGCCUUCUUAGUAAGAAAGGUCGAUUCCCAAUUUAACGAGUCUUUUCAUAUUGCAAUUACUGUGUACACAUAUGUUUUGGUUUUGGUGAUCGCAACACCCCUGUACAUCAUAUCGGGGGCAUUGACUGACCCAAUCAGUGCCAAGUAUUACGAAGUUAAUAUCAGCCUACUUGUCAUGAUGGCGGUUACUCUUGCAGCUAUAUUUUAUCCAAAAUUUUUGGCUUUAUGGAGAGAAAAUAAGGCCAAUAGAUCGAUUGAGUCUGAAAUUUUUUCUCCAUCCAUAUCGGAUUUCUUUUGUCCACGCGUGUCUAGAGGGGAUGUUCUGACGGGCGAUAAUACCGAUUCCCGUUCAAUUGCCUCUUCAAGGCUCACCGAAGUUUCCCCCAAGCAUGCUGGCGAAGAUGACAUUGAUUCGAGCAGUGAUGAGGAUAAGAAUACAGAAACUUUGAAUGGAGAUUUUGAGCUUACUUUUAUUUCAUUUGACUUUUGGGACGACUGA